AUGUCGCCCCUGCGCCCUUUGCUCCAGCGCGCUCGAGAGCUGCGUGAUCGCACCGCGCCGGCGAAGAGGCCCAACGAGAUCCAUCGUGUUCUGCUCUUCAGCCUGGCUCGGCAAGCCGUGCGAAGGCGGCAAUUUCUGGAGCAGCUGCAACGCUUUCCCGAGCUCCUGUCGCGGGUGGAGUGGGUGAAAGCCAUCGAUGGCGCGUCCUUGGAUCUGGCCGAGGUGCCGGAGGACAUCGUGGAGCCUCAAGGAAUCGAGGACGCCCAAAGAGCUCGGACAAAGGUGCUGGGCUUCGUGCUGACCAAGGGGGCCAUUGGCUUGGCUUGGACUUGGUUUGACACCCUGGAUGCUGUGCUUCGUGAUCAGGACCCGAGCCACGUCUAUUUGAUUUGCGAGGACGAUGCCAGGUUCUGCCCGAACUUCGUGGACGACUUCCACGAGCUCCGCCUUCGUGCCGAGCGACAUGAUCCACUCUGGGAGGUCCUUCAUAUUGGCUACCAUGUGGCCUCGACGGAAAUCAUGUUGGGACGCCCGGGAUGA